UUGUCUUUCAUCUGCGUAUUCUUUGUUCAGACUCAUCCUUGUUGAAGAUGAGGCCCUGCUCUGAGGCAGGGAAACCCUGUAACCCCUGUGUGGAUGCAGCUAAAGCCUGUUACCUGAACGAAACCUGCAGACGCCUGCGAUCAGCCUACAACAUUAUCUGCAACAAGGGCACGCCCCCACAGGCCCCUGCAACCAACCAGGAGCCAUGCAGCAGGAAGAGGUGUCAGAAGGCCCUGCGGCAGUUCUUCGAGCGGGUCUCAUGGGAGCUGAGCUACCCUCUGCUGUUCUGCUCCUGCCUGGACCAGGCGUGUGCUGAGCGCCGCCGCCGCACCAUCAUCCCCUCCUGCUCCCACCAGGAGAGGCAUAAACCCACCUGCCUGGAACUCCGACGCACCUGCCGCUCCGACGCCCUGUGCAGGUCUCGCCUUGCUGAUUUCCACAUGAACUGCCAGAUGACAUCUCACACUGUCACCAGCUGUCCCUAUGACAACUACAUAGGCUGCCUCAUGUCCUAUGUGGGCCUCAUUGGCUCAGACGUAACACCAAACUACAGCGACAACAGCCCCACCAACAUCACCAUCAGCCUGUGGUGCACCUGCAGGGGCACGGGUCAUCAGGAGCAGGACUGCGACGCCUUCCAUCGGGACUUCACCCACAACACCUGCCUCAAAAAUGCCAUCCUGUCAUUUGGUUAUGGAUCUGAAGGAGCUGCUCCUCCUGUAACCGAGCAACCGUCCACUUUCCUGCCACCUGAUCACCCCAUCAUCUCCAAACCGGCUCCCUCUCUGCACGGCAAGGCCAUCAAGCCCGUAGACGCUGCCUGCAUGUUCUCUACCUGUGCCAACCUGCAGGAUGGAGGUCAGAAGUGCAUACCGUCUGAAGACUACAGGUGUGAGGAUACUUUGUUAGCCCAGGGGUCAAUAGACUCUCAGGAAUCGGUGGAACCUAAAAGCAGCAGCCAGCAAUCAGCGCCGCUACUCCAACACAUUUCUGUGACUGUGUGUGUGUCCAUUCUGCCAGCACUUCUACAUUUCAUGUCAUAAAUUUGAACUCGCACACAUCCAGACAUAACCACAUACACACAAUCCUAAAUGUCAAGCAACAGAUGUCGAAGCAUCCACUACGGCCUUUUUUUGAAGAGUGUCUGGAGCUGGUCCAGAUGAGCGGUCCUUCUGCACAACACAGUCACACACCGGCCAUGGGAGGGAGAACGGAAGCAGCUGCACUUUUGCGUGUUGUAUGUGAUUGAAAAGAGGAAUCAGAAACACAAAUGAGAGACUCUUGAGACCCUGGUUCACAGUGACUUCACUUUCAAUGCUCUGAGUCUUCACGGUGUGUGUGUGUUCUCUGUGCUCGGACUUACUCCCCCAGGCCCAUCUGGAUCUGAGACAGCUGGGCCGACAAACACUGGAACCAAGCAUAUGACUGUGUGCACACACACUCACACACAAUUUGAUCAGAAGUGUUAGAGUUGGCAGCUUCAGAAAGAGGAGAAAGAAACGACAGGGAAGGACAGCUGGGACAGAUCCUUCCAUGAGGUUUGUCAAGUCAAUUUAUCCUCCCUCAGACCUCCCUAGUGGCAACAAAUCUACACAACAUACAAACAUCACACAAGCCCACCUACAUUCAUCCUGUCACUUUCCCCUUAGACCUACUUAGCGGGUAAACAGGGUUUCCCACAUGGACACAAACACUCAUGCUGUACACCAGUGUGCUAUUUGUGGGUCUUUAUCUUCAUUUUGUGGUCUACAUCUUGUACAAACUUAAUUUACUGUGGAAAAUGAAAAGUAAAAAGUCCAGUGAACGACUGUAUGCUUCACCUCAGUGUUCAGCCUUGUGUGUGUGUGUGUGUGCGUGUGUGUUUGUACGUACGUCGGUGUGAAUGUCCGUGAUGAUUGUUGACACAUCUGUGCAUGGAGGCAAAUAAAUGAAGGAACAGGUGGAACUUUA